AUGAACCUUUCCAUUUUCCAACUGUUGAUGCAUUGCUUCUAUCCGAAGUUGGGACUUCUUUCCGUGUCGACGACUCUUCCUCCCACUUCCAUAUCAACACUUUUGACGCCAAUAUCUGCUAAUCGACGUGUGUCGCAAUUACGGCUCUGUGCAUGGAAGAGCAUGUUGCAGCGGCGGCGUCGCCCCAAAAUCGCGAGGGCAGGGACGGAGAACAGAAUCAAGGUGAUUAUUGAAGCGGCCGCCGACCGGAGGUGCUUCGGUCACAAUGCAGCGACUAUUUUGGGUCUGCGAAAGCUUGGAAGUCUGUUCUUGACAAAUUUUGAGCUUUAUGCAUCUUUCGGGUGCUCCCGGAAAACUUGAACAGAAUUUCACAAACAAGGUCUUUGUACUAUAGGCCUAAGAAAUUUAAGAAUUUUUUCAAAAAACUCUUGAAUACUCGUCAAAAAAACCAGUGAAUGUACAGAAUAUUAAAAAAAAAGCUUUCAAGUUCAAAAAAACCUACGAAAAUAAAUUUUUUCUUCGGAAGAACACUUCGUAGCUCAUUCUAUUUCCCUAAUUGAAGUAACCUUUAAGAUUAUAAUUAGAAAGAUUCGCAGUUUAGGGCUUUGAAAAUGUGUAUUAAGAUCAUUAAAGAGCUUUUUGUUUCGGCCCAUUUCCAGAAAACUUAGACCCAUUCUUGAAUUCUCGAAAUUUGACUCAUAAUGUAAAAUAUAGAUGGCUGUGAUCAAUUUACACUUCAAAUCAUUCAACUUUUAAGCCUGGACAUAUCCUCCCGCAGUCAUGAAAAGGAAGCCUCAGAACAUUUACAAGGAUUUUUUUUUACAGUUUUUGGUCCAUUCGAAGUUCCUUGCCAAGGUGUUUGAAGGCGCGAAAGUCUCGAAGAACUUAGAGAAGUAGUUGGAAAAUGCAUUCUUCCACCUUUUUUCGUCUGUGAUGUUUUAAAUACCUCAAUUAAGAACUUGAGCAGACUCAGUGAUUCGCGAACUUGAUUAAGCUUUGUCUGAACAGCCUUCCUUGGAAGUUUGGUGUCAGGGGAGGUUCAUUUUGCCUGCUAAGUUUAGUUCUUUCAUCAUUUCUUUCAUUUGCAGCCUUUGAAAAAAAAAAUAGUGCUUUGAUAAGACGAGCCUCUCCGGAGUUUCUUCAUUCCAGGGAACGUUCGACAGUUCAAAAUCUAGACUCCAAAACGCUCCCGGUAGCCUGUCCGCUUUUCUCGUUAUCAGAAUCAAGUUCGGCGACGACAUUGGCAAUCUGAAGCGAAGACAACAAGGCCUCGUCGGUCCGUCGGUUCUUUCCUUGGCCGCGUGCGGAGAGCGAGAGCGUUUGAGUGCGUGAGCGGUUCCGAGGCAAAGUGGACACAACCCCCAACGUGGCAUCGCUCGACGUGUCUGCACCCUCUUCCAGCCCGACUACCGCCGCUCCUUCCGAAGUCGAGCCAGCCGGAACUAUCAAAGCAGUCGGAACGGCUUCAGAAAUUGAUGCUCUUGAAUGGCUUCAGGGCAGUCAGAACCUUUCGGAAAGAAUUCUGAAUGUUCGACAAGAAAAAUCCUUCUACCAAGCGCAUAGGAGUCCUUUUCUGAUUCUGAUCAGAACCAUCUACAGAGGUUGUUCUCACAAAGUUCAACCAAAUUCGUAUAUCGUAGAGUCUGUUCAAGUUCUUAAUUGAGGUAUUUAUCUAUCUUCCGACCUAAGUUGACCUAAGUUCUCCAAAGCUUGACUAGUUUAUGAUACUGAGAAGUUGAGUCUCUACAAGUUCCUAGGUUUUGAGAGCAGACGAUUCGAAAUUCUAUGCAAUAACGCUGAGACAAGGGAAUAGAGCCUUGAGAGAACCUCCCGCCCAAAUUAGGAAUUUGUAAAAGCACAAACUUUGAGGAUCUCCAACAAGCAGUUCGGUUAGUGUUUGGUCCAGGAUUACAGAAGUUUUUCAUGUACAAAGGGAAAUUAUCUUUCUUGACGACGCUUGAAAAUCUAUAGUAGUGCGUGUAAAUUAUUUCACAACUGCUAGUUGGAUUUUCAAGGUCGCAGGGAGCGAGUUCGACACUGAAAAGAACCCUCAACUUGAAGACCUCUAUCGACUCUGCUUCCUCACUCAGAAAGCUGUACUGACCACUCGCAAGACUCAAGAUUAG